UGUCAGUGAACCAUGGCUAGAGGAAAUCAAAGAGACCUUGCUAGAGCAAAGAACCAAAAGAAAUUGCAAGAUGCUGCAAAGGCUCUGAAGAAGGAAGGUGACCCCAAGAAACGUAUGGAGAACGAUGCAGAAAAGAUGAGAAGAAAGCAAGAAGAAGCUGAUGCCAGGAAAGCUGCAGCUGCUGCCCAGGGCAAGAAGUAG